UUAGUAAAAAUACUUCGAGUAAAAACACUUUUUGAUUUCUUUCAAACGUUUACCGUUUCCAGACUAAAUUAAAGAUGUAUCAGCUAGUUUCAAUGCUUAUUUUUACUUACUUGAUAUUUACCACUUUUUGCUUGCCAACAUAUAUGGAUAGAAAUCGCAUAAGUGAAGAAAUUUCUUUUUUGAAUGACGUGGAGGCAGCUGAAAAAGUGCAGCAAUUGAUGCACAUUGGUUUGCAGCCAAACAGACAACUAAACGAAACUAGCGGAUCUGUAACUGCAAAUCUCUCUCAAGCCACAACUAAUUCCUCCCCAAACGGAAACAGGUCCGAAGAAAGCGCUGAGAAGAAUGACGCCAGAAAUUCUGAAAAACAAAGAGAAUUUACAGUUCAUUAUAUAUAUACCGGAAACAAUCGGAAUAGGAGUAAAAGGCUGUACGAAAAAAAUAGCUCAUUUGAUGUACGUAAUCCAGAUAUAAGUGAGAAGAAAUCUCAUAAACCAGGAAACUUUCUCUAUAUAAAAGAGCGUGAAAUCCAGAUUUUCAUGCCAAAGUCUCCUGUUCUGAAUGGGUUGAACAUUCAAGAUAAUCCGCAAUAUAUUCAAAGCAAUGAAUUAAAUCCUUAUGUGAAAACACAAGAAGUUCGAAGCGAUCGAAUAAAUGACCAUGACAAAGGAAUGAAUGAUCCCAUUUAUGAAGCAAAUGCUAACAACAAUGAGGGAAAAAUUUACGGAGAUUUACCUAGGUCUCAAAUGCAAGGAAAUGUAGCUAUCAAUCUAGCUCCUGGAAAGUAUCCAAGUUGGUAUCAAUUGAAAUUACAAUCUCCAAAGAGCUUAACACAAAAUUUAAAGCCUGCAGUUUCUUUUUUUAAAGAUGAGAUUGAACAACAACGCUAUUCGAAGGAAGCUUUCAAAGUCGGCCAAUCACAAACGAGGGAUGUCCUGAGAAAUAAGGCAUUGCCUUUUCCUGCACGAAUGGCUCCUAGAGACAGUAAAAAUGACGCAGAAUUUUAUACCACCGUGCUGAAGGGGAAGGGCUUCUCGACAACAGGUGGAUUUCAUGCCUACUUACCAUCUGAAUUUGAGAUUUCCACCCAAGAGUAUCAAACAUCUGCAGUACUACAGAACAAUUCCAAUCCCAGCAUGAAUGUCAAUCUAAGAAGAGAGAGUAUAAAUUUUCUCUUCCCACAAAAUCCUCUAAACUUUCAGCUAGCUGCCAGUAAACGUAACGAGAGAGAUUUCAUGGGAUUGUUGGGAAAUAUGCUACCCAGCGAAAAAUACCGUAGAAAUUCUGAACUGAUAUUUAAGAGACGACCUAGAGAACCUAGACAUGAUUCGCCAACUAAUCAAACAGAAAACGUUUCUGCAGCAGAUACCAUUCAUAAUUUCAAAAGACGAAAGAAAGAAAGUGACAACUAUCAUCUUUGGAAGUACUUAAAAAGAAAUGCCAACGAAUUAUUUCUGAAACCACAAAGAAAUAAAUCAGAGAAGAAUGAGUUUAUUCCAGGAACUGCUAUGUAACACUAAGGAAUUUGGCUAUUAAGGGCGAACAUUUUAUCAAUUUAAGUUUUUAGAGUUAAGGGAUUCUAUCUGCUGUUAAUUGUCAAGCUAUGUCUACAUUUUACACACUUAAAUUUUUGUAAAGAACGUACACCAUAAAUGUUUUGCUCAGUUGUAUUUCAUGUGAAUGAAUACCUUUGAUAUUUUCUUGUAAGAAAAAUGGCAUAAACAUCAACGUUCAGAUAACAGAUAUGAAAAUUCUAAAUGAAAUCACAGAUUAAUAAGAUAAUAUAAGAUCCUCAAAUCAAUGGGCAAAAGUUUAAAAAGUAAGCAAUACCCACUUUUCAUGCAGUCUGUUUGAGCAAUUUCUAUUCCUUCUCAUCGAUUCAGUUACUGAAAGAUAUUUUGUGGAAGUAUUUUCGAGAUCUUCAAACGGAAGGACACGAACUUUUUCUCUUAAUUCAUAGCAACACGUUUAACGGAAAAGACGAAUUUAUAAAUCUAAAUUUUUUUACUUAUUUUCUACGUAAAAGAAAACAAAAAGGAUGUACUGUCUCUUUUGUAGCACUAUAAAAAUCAUAAAGCUUUC